AUGUCUGACGCUCUUCCUGAAAUGCAGUACCGUUUCCUCGGCCGCACCGGGCUGAAGGUCUCGGUCAUUUCGCUGGGUAGUUGGCUCACAUAUGGCGGACACGUCGGAAAUGAAACCGCACUCGAGUGCAUGAAAGUCGCCUACGACGCCGGCGUCAAUUUCUUCGAUACUGCCGAGGUGUACUCCGGCGGAAAAUCAGAAAUCGUGCUCGGCGAGGCGAUCAAGAAAUUCGGCUGGAAGCAGAACGACCUCGUUAUCUCCACCAAGAUCUACUGGGGCAGAGCCAAUAGCGCCAACCCCGAUAAACCCCUUAACAACAACGGACUCUCCCGCAAACACAUCAUCGAGGGCAUGAACCUCUCCCUGCAGCGACUGAACCUGCCAUACGUAGAUAUCGUCUACGCCCACCGCCCGGACCGCGACACCCCCAUGGAAGAAAUCGUCCGCGGCUUCAACUACCUCCUCGACAACGGCAAGGCCUUCUACUGGGGCACCUCGGAGUGGUCCGCCAGUGAAAUCGCCGACGCCUGGCGCGUCGCUGAUAAACUCCGCCUCGUCGGUCCGGUCGUAGAGCAGCCGCAGUAUAACCUUCUUGCGCGCGAGCGCGUGGAGAAGGAAUACCGCUGGCUGUACGAGACCCACGGCCUCGGGCUGACGGUGUUCUCGCCCUUGAAGGGCGGUGUGCUGACGGGGAAGUAUAAUGAUGUUGCGGCGCCGCCGGCUGGAUCGCGGUUGGCGGAGUCGGAGGAUGGGUAUGUGAAGAGUUUGCGGAAGACGGUGGGUGAUGAGACUUGGCAGAGACAGUUGGAGCAGGUUGCGGCGUUGAAGCCGGUUGCGGAGGAGUUGGGUGUUUCGACGGCGCAGUUGGCGCUGGCGUGGAUUUUGAAGAAUCCGAAUAUUUCGUCUAUGAUUACGGGUGCGUCGAGGCCGCAGCAGGUGCUUGAUAAUAUUCGCGCUUUGGAGGUGGUGGAGAUGUUGACUGAGGAGGUUGUUGAGAAGAUUGAGGUUGCUGUUGGGAAUAAGCCUGCUGUUGAGAAUAGGCGGUUUUAG